AUGGAGCCGUUUUGGGAUAGCGAUGUCUACAAAGCCACCGAAGCGGCGUGCUACUUCCUCAUGACACACGCCGACGAGGAGAUGAUGAGGAAUGUCGAAGAGGCCGUGGACAACAUACGCGGAGCACAGCACCCAGAUGGCUACAUCAAUUCGUAUUACACCGUGCGAGGAAUCGAAAAACGAUGGACGAAUCUCCGCGACAUGCACGAACUGUACUGUAUCGGCCACCUCAUCGAAGCAUGUGUCGCCUACGAGACCUUGACCGGCAGCGGACGGCUUCUGGAACCGGUCAUGAAAGUUGUGCAGCAUAUUGAUUCAAUCUUUGGAUCAGAGCCUGGGAAGAGACGCGGCUAUCCUGGCCAUCAAGAAAUCGAAAUUGGAUUGUUGAGGCUAUACGAAAUGACCAAGGACCCCCUUCUUCUGCAAGUAGCUCAGUACUUCAUCCUCGAGCGCGGAACAAGAGAUGAGAAGGACGAGAUCUACUUUGACAAAGAAGCUUGGGCCAGAGGAAACGAUCCUGGGGAUUGGCUCAGCUUUGAGUUCAGACCGACUUACCGGAUGCCUAGAGACUACGGCUACCACCAAGCCGAUCGGCGGCUAGCAGAUGCGACUGAAUUGGUGGGUCAUUCUGUCAGAGCCAUGUACUUCAUGACCGCCGCAACCGACCUCGUGCGUUUGACAAAGCAUGAAGGUAUCCACAAGUCUCUGGCCGCGCUAUGGAGAGAUAUGGUCGACAAGAAGAUGUACAUCACGGGCGGACUGGGUUCUGUCCGUCAAUGGGAGGGAUUUGGACACCCAUACGUGCUCGGGGAUACCGAAGAGGGUGGUGUCUGCUAUGCUGAGACUUGCGCAACUUUUGGAAUGAUUGGCUGGUGCCAACGAAUGCUUCGUCUCAACCUCAACUCCGAGUACGCCGAUGUUAUGGAAAUUGGUCUGUACAACGGCUUCCUUGGCGCGAUCGGUCUAGACGGAGAGUCGUUUUACUAUGAGAACCCUCUUCGCACGUUCACAGGCCGACCGAAGGAGCGGAGUCGGUGGUUCGACGUCGCCUGUUGCCCGCCAAACGUCGCCAAGCUUCUUGGCAAUCUUGGAGCAUUCAUCUACACCAUGCAAGAUCAAAGAGUGGCCAUUCACUUGUACAUCGAGAGUGUGCUUCACGUGCCUGGAAGCGACGCUGUGGUUGCGAUCAAAACUGCUGCACCUUGGUCUGGAAAGGUCGAGAUAGCGUGGUCAGGCACAGUUACAAUUGCUUUGAGGAUUCCUGGGUGGUCGGAUGGCUACACGAUUGAUGGGUCAAAUGGCGACGGCACAUGCAAAGACGGAUAUCUGUACCUGCCAGAAGGAACAGAUGGAAGGGUUCAAGUUGUCUUCAGCUUCAAGCCGCAGCUCAUGUACGCCAACCCAAAACUUGGCAAAAAUGAGGUAUGCGUUCGGCGCGGGCCUUUGGUGUAUUGCAUCGAAGAUGUCGACAACGAGCUGGACAUUGAUAACGUCAUCCUUUCGACGACAAGCCUGAAGGAUGGCUCUCCACUGGAUAUUCUGGGCUAUGAGGUCACCCCUGUGAUUGCCAGGGGAACAGAACUGAAGAAUGCGAACGGCUCAAAGCUGUAUAGUCACAAGCCAUGGGAACGUGGUGAGGAAAGAGAUCUCGUGUUCAUACCGUACUAUGCCCGGGCAAAUCGUGGCGGCAAUGGGGGGAUGAGAGUUUGGUGCUUCAGGGAUUAA